AUGAUUAUCUACACUAAAAGUUUCAUCAACAGUGUCUCUUCAUCAUCUCAAUGUACGGCUUGGGUCACAUUUCUCAAUCUACUUGUCCCUCAAUCUUACACGUCACUAACAAUGAAAGGAUCAACUAAUUCAACAGGUAUAGCACUUACAAAUGCAACGCUUGUUACUGCCAUAGCAAAUGCCCUUUACACAAAUACUUCAUACGGUCCUGUAUCAUCAAAUGGUUAUUCGUGGGCUGUCGGACUAUGUGGAACUUCUGGUAGUAAUAGUUAUGAGCUUACGGCGACAGGCACUGUAUGCAGUUGUGCUACUGGUUAUACAGUACGUCCUUGCAUCGGAAACCAGAAUUGGGGUGGUAUUAAUGGGACUACAUGUGGCAGUGCAAAUCAAACAAUGACAGUAAUAUUUCAAUGA